CGUGAUACUGAGGACAGUCGUUUUCAACCGGCUCCGCUAAAAAGUGCCUUUAAAGGUGUUUUAAGGACUUUUUUACCUGGAUUUUUAAGCAGUAUUUGUGUGUAAAGUAUUUUAUCGUCAUAUUGUGUGGAUUCUGAAGUUUUAAAGUGUGUGCAUACCUUAUAUCUCUGAAGGUGAAGCCUGAAGACUAACAUACGAGAGGCAGACAGAGAGGAUAACACAGAUUGUGACCGGGAGGCAACAUGUUGAAAAGUCUUUGCCGUAAACGUCUGUUGACCGUGAUUUCUAGAUGUUCAUCUGUUGGAUUUACACUACAGAAAGGGCCUGCUGUUCCCCUGAACACCUUACCAACCUGUGUUUUCGGGCAACGUCUUAAGCGUUAUCAGUCGUUUUCAUCACGGAAAAUUGUAUCUGAAGCAGUUGCCGAAACUGUCAGUGCUGUCGACGACGGACGAAAAGUAGAAAUUGUGUGGAAUGAUGGCAAAUCGUCGAGAUUCCAUGCAGUGUGGCUGAGACAUCAUUGUCCUUGUAAAGAAUGUUAUUCCAACGAAAUCAGCCAGGUGUUAGUAGAAAUAGAUAAACUUCCACUUGACAUCAAAGUAACAGAUGUCACAGUAACAGAAAAUGGUGGAGUACGGAUUCGAUGGGAUGAUAGCAAUCACACUGGAGAGUUUAGCUCAGCCUUCCUGAAGAAACAUUGUUACUCACAAAACAGUUUAAAACAGAAGAAAGAUUCAAUGAAGACGUCAUUAUAUGCAGAGUCUGUCUUGCCGAGUGUCACGUAUGCUGACUGCGAGGCAGAUGAAAAACACGUAUAUAGAUGGUUAAAAUAUAUAAAUGAGCAUGGCCUGGCAAUGAUUAAAGAGGCUCCAGCAACAAGGCAUCUGUUGGCAGAGUUCAUCCCAAAACACGUGGCGCCUUUGUUUGAUAAUACAUAUGGAAAGGUUCAGGACGUGCUUGUCCUGGAAAAACCGACUAACCUGGCGUACACGCAGGAUAAAAUACAAUUCCAUAUGGAUUUAGUAUACUACGAAUCAGUGCCCGGAAUUCAGGUUCUUCAUGGCCUUAGUUUUGACGAUUGUAUCAUAGGUGGAGAAACAUUAUUUGUUGACAUGUUCGCAGUUUGUGAAGAAUUCAGACAAACAAAUCCAGUCGAGUUUAAGACUCUUUGUACCGUCCCGUGUACAUUUUCCAGGGAACAUAUGUCAAGGGCCAUCCCCAUCCACCUGCUGAUACAAAGACCAGUCAUUUCUCUGAACAACGAGAAUGAGAUAAUCGGAGUGUUCUGGAACCCUGGUGUAGUUGGUGUAUUGGAGAUACCAGAGCAUCACGUGACCGAUUACUACAGGGCAUACCAGUUGUUCGCAAGAGCAGUAUCCAACUUUCACACAAAACAUGAAAUUCGCCUCCAGCCUGGAGAAAUCAUUGCUUUCAACAACAGAAGAAUGGCACACAGCCGGAGAGCGUUUACUUGCAGAGGUGGUGAGCGACACUUUCAGGGGUGCUUUGUUAACAUAUGUGAAUACAAAAGCCGUCUUGUCAGUCUGACAAGGAAGUACGGUGAUGUAUCAACCAUCAAACGUGUCGGUAACAUGGAUUGGAUGUAGAAGUUGAUCUUACUUUGCACAUGGGGCUAUCCUUUUCUAUUUGAGAACAUCCACAUAUGUUGUUUUCAACUCAAGUUUAUGAAAAAAAAGUCGUCAUCAGCUUUAACAAGGAUCUUUGAUACGUGAUACGAUUACCAUAUAUAUAUAUUUUUUUUACCGAAAAAAUAAUGAAAUAAAACCAGAAAAAUACUUGUACAUUCCAAUGUCGGCAAUUGCGUAGUAAUCAUUUUUGCUAAAACAUAUAUUUUCCCUCUAUAUCUGAUUAUUGUAGUCCAAUAUUUGACACAUUAUGUUUAAUUAUAUUUAAUGUCAAUAAUGUAACAUGAUAGAUACAAAACAAAAUUCUGUACAUUGAAUUAUAAAGCAAUUUCAAUCUAUCUGAAUUUGUUUUUCAGUUCUUCAAAUUGAAACAAUAUGAUUUUACAUUUUUAUCCUAUUUUACACAGCUCGGAAGAAGCGUCCGGAAAGUCUUAUUCAAAUAAAAUUUAAAAACAUUCAGUCAAUCUAUCUGAAUUUGUUUUUCAGUUCUUCAAAUUGAAACAAUAUGAUUUUACAUUUUUAUCCUAUUUUACACAGCUCGAAAGAAGCGUCCGGAAAGUCUAAUUCAAAUAAAAUUUAAAAACAUUCACACCAACUAAAGACUCAUCCUCACGUUAUUCUUAUUGCAUCCCAUUGAUAUCGACUUUCGCACGUGGUGUUUCGUUAAUAAUGUCAAAACUGAGAAAGAAAAUAAACUGCAUG